AUGACGAUACUGGAAGCACGACAUCGUGUGGGAGGACGAGUCUAUACCGAUACGCAAACAUUUGGCAAUGGUGUGGCUGCUGAUAUUGGCGCCGAAUGGAUUCAUGCUUAUGGGCCGGAAAAUCCCUUAUAUAGUCUACAUCGGCAACUGCAAACAAACGAAGAUAGAGAAGGUGAUGGCUAUUUUGUUUUCUUCGAACCAGAAGUAACUGGAUGCUACGAUACGGCUGGUUCCAUUGUAUCACAUCAAACGUGUGUAAGAGCGCAAUAUACCAUGGAUAAGUUAUUUUCGCCAAAAUAUAACGCAACUUUAAGAAUUCGAGACGUAUCCGUUCGGGACAUGAUCCGGCCUGAAUACGAGAAAAUAUCAGAAGGACAAAUUAAACGGCUUGUUGAAGCCAUGUUAAUCGGAAAAGAACAGUAUGAAGCUGCUGAUCUUGAUCGACUCUCUGCCAGACAAACUUUCUUCGGUGAUUCACCUGGUGAUGACGAAGAAGCACAAGGUGAAGAUAUGGCAUUGAAAAGAGGAUUCGGAUCUUUGAUUCAACGAAUUGUCGACAGAUUUACAUUACCUGUACAAUUAAAUACCGAAGUAACUCAUAUCGUCACCAGUAACUCAAGUCUUGUUCAAAUCUCAACAAAAAAUGGCGAAACUAUUCAAGCGAAGUACAUCUUGAUUACUGUUCCAUUGGGUUGCUUAAAACAGCAAACGAUUGUAUUUGAACCGAUUUUGCCUCAAUGGAAACAGAAUGCAAUAGAUAGUAUGGGGUUUGGCGAUACGGACAAGGUUAUUCUACAAUUUAAUAAGGUAUUCUGGGAUCCAAGUUUUACUUCAUUCUACAUAGCUGGAGCAUCUUUUCCAUUUGCUGUUUGCGCUCCGAAGAAGCGUAUCCUUGCGUUUAUGAUUGGUGGAACACGAGCUCGUCGUAUGGAAGCAUCCAAAGACGACGAUACCGUUGCUACGAUUCUCCAUGAUCUAAUAAGAGCAUUUCCUAAUCAUGCCUUCCAACUGGAACAGUAUCGAAUAUCACGAUGGACACAAGACCCGUAUGCACGUGGUUCUUAUUCCUAUUAUGCAUUUAAUACAUCAUCAGAAACAUUCGAAACUUUGGCAAGAGAAUGUUGUCAUAAUCAAUUGUUUUGGGCUGGUGAACAUACUCGUUCGGGUGGUUCAGUACAUACGGCUUUUGCUACGGGUCAACGUGAAGCAAAGAAGAUUUUACAGCGGUUGAAAACAAAAUGA